AUGAAGUACUUGGCCGCUUAUUUGUUGUUGGUGCAAGGUGGUAACGCCUCCCCAUCCGCCGCUGACAUCUCCGCUUUGUUGGAGACCGUUGGUGUUGACGCUGAGGAGUCCAGAAUCUCCUCCUUGUUGUCCGAGUUGGAGGGUAAGACCAUCGAGGAGUUGGUUGCUUUGGGUAACACCAAGCUCGCUUCUGUUCCUACCGGUGGUGCUGCUGCUUCUUCCGGUGCCGCUGCUUCCUCUGGUGCUGCUGCUUCUGAGGAGGCUGCCGAGGAGGCUGCUGAGGAGAAGGAGGAGUCUGACGACGACAUGGGUUUCGGUUUGUUCGACUAA